ACUACCUGUCUGUGUCACUAGGGGGGCUGCCACACUCUGCCACAGAAGUGUCACAGAAUCAAUGCACAAUGCUGUUUAUGAUUUAAUUAGUUGUUUUUACGAGCCUGCCUCUGCUUCCCCCUCUCCUCCUCUCCCUCUCUCCCUCUCUGUCUCUCUGAGUCAUUUCUUUCCAUAACGCUUUCUUCCUUUGCAUGUUGGGUUUGCAAACAUUUCACACGGGUUCCCCUUUUGUGAUGCAAUUCCAGAGCUACAAGUUGAAAUACUCUAAUAGACAUGUUUUCCUUUUCCCUUUUGUGUUUACUUUUCACGAUGGUGGGUGGAAACCAGACAACCUGGAGGAAACCCACGCGUUAUCAUAGUUUUGCUUUGUUUCACACUGUGACGUAGUCAGAAUGUGACUAGACAGUUUACAGGUUCCACCCAAGCCUGAGGUCAUGCCUGGGUGGGGGAUUGGUGUUAUCAUGCAGCCCUAUAAAAACAGUAUGCUUCGAGUUAUCAACUGGAGUCCACACGUGCCACCAUGGGACAGAAAAUGAUUAGAGAGCCGCUUUCUGAGGAAGUUGCCUGCCGGAUAGAAGCAGGUCCAGACGAGCCCGUGCUAAUCCUCCUGCAGCAUUGCCGGGACAUGAAGCGGCAGGAGACACGCCUCAGGAUCAUCACAUUCCUGCUUCUGCUCAGCUGCACAGCACUUUACCUUUUUACUAUCUGUGCCCAGUCACAGCCAAGUAAAAGCUCAGGAUCCACUGGAAAACAGGAUGCGGUGCAACAAUUUUUUGCAUAUUCCACGCAACGCAAACAGACUACAGAUGGUUCAAGUCCGAGGAUCGAACUUAGCUUUAAAGGCACAAACUCAACCAGUGGGCGUUACAUUGAAUUCUACAGUGCUUUGGGUGAGGACUCCAACUGCAAUCAAGAAAAGUCUGCCAUUGUAAUUAAACAGAAGGGCUUCUACUUUGUUUAUGCAAUUACAUUUUUACAACACGAUGAGGAUGAACAUGAAGAAGCUAAGAAUUUCUACAUACAAGUCCAACAGUUCAGUCUUGGCUACACAUACCCAGUAUACAAUGUCUCCACUUGGGAAUCUAUUGCAACAACAUCACUGACAUUCAGGAAUGUGUACCUGGCAAGAAUGUUCAAUUUGUCAGAGGGAGAUUACCUGAAGUUGUGGAUUGGUGAAGGUUUUGGGAUGAUCAGGGAGUUGUCAUUUGGUGCUUUUCUCCUGUAGCCAUAUUAUAAU